CCCGGCGUGCCGCGCGCCGCGCUGCCCCUCGGCCGCUGAUGUUUUGGCCGAUCCAAGAUGGCGGUGCAGGAGUCCGCCGCUCAGCUCUCCAUGACCCUGAAGGUGCAGGAGUACCCGACCCUCAAGGUGCCCUACGAGACGCUGAACAAGCGCUUCCGCGCCGCGCAGAAAAGCAUCGACCGGGAGACGAGCCACGUCAGCGCGGCGGUGGCCGAGCUGGAGCGGACGCUGGGCGGCUGCCCCGCCGUGGACUCCGUGGUCAGCCUCCUGGACGGCGUGGUGGAGAAGCUCAGCGUCCUCAAGAGGAAGGCGGUGGAGUCCAUCCAGGCAGAGGAUGAGAGCGCCAAGCUGUGCAAGCGCCGGAUCGAGCACCUCAAGGAGCACAGCAGCGACCAGCCGGCGGCGGCCAGCGUGUGGAAGAGGAAGCGCAUGGACCGCAUGAUGGUGGAGCACCUGCUGCGCUGCGGCUACUACAACACAGCCGUGAAGCUGGCGCGCCAGAGCGGCAUCGAGGACUUAGUGAACAUCGAGAUGUUCCUGACUGCCAAAGAGGUGGAGGAGUCCCUGGAGAGGCGCGAGACCGCCACCUGCCUGGCCUGGUGCCAUGACAACAAGUCCCGGCUGCGCAAGAUGAAGGGCCGCCAAAGCGAGCACGACGCGAAGACGGGACGGAAAAGUAGAGUGGCCAGUGGCUCCCCUAAAGAGAGUGAGGAUCUUGGUAUGGAAUCCAUAAAAGGAAAGCCAGAAUUGAGCUGCCUGGAGUUUAGCCUGAGGAUCCAGGAGUUCAUUGAGCUCAUCCGCCAGAACAAGAGGCUGGACGCGGUGAGACACGCGAGGAAGCACUUCAGCCAGGCCGAGGGGAGCCAGCUGGAUGAGGUCCGCCAGGUCAUGGGCAUGCUGGCCUUCCCGCCGGACACGCACAUCUCCCCCUACAAGGACCUGCUGGACCCGGCGCGGUGGCGGAUGCUGAUCCAGCAGUUCCGGUACGACAACUACCGGCUGCACCAGCUGGGAAACAACUCCGUGUUCACCCUCACCCUGCAGGCCGGCCUCUCCGCUAUAAAGACGCCGCAGUGCUACAAGGAGGACGGCAGCUCGCGGAGCCCCGACUGCCCCGUGUGCAGCCGCUCGCUGAACAAGCUGGCGCAGCCCCUACCCAUGGCGCACUGCGCCAAUUCGCGCCUCGUCUGCAAGAUCUCGGGAGAUGUCAUGAAUGAGAACAACCCGCCCAUGAUGCUGCCCAACGGCUACGUCUACGGCUACAACUCCCUGCUCUCUAUCCGGCAGGAUGAUAAGGUCGUCUGCCCGAGAACCAAAGAGGUCUUCCACUUCUCCCAGGCCGAGAAGGUGUACAUCAUGUAGGGCCGCCUCGCCGAGCGGCCUCAGGCCCCGCCGACCUGCCUUUCUGUUUCUGCGACCAAAGAUCUGAGCAACGACAACACUCCUGGGAAGAGGAGGAGAGACUGAACACGCGCGCACUCGGGUUUGAAACACGUCAGCUGUUGAUGCUUCUGAAGUGCUUCAGCUUUCAGAGAAGCUUCUUUACAGACUGACCACGCGGAGGGAGGCUGGAACCUUUCACAACAGGAACGGAUUCCUUCCGCGUGUUCUCACAGCCCCUGCCCUUCUGCUAACAAGGAGCCGCCGGGCGGACUGGUCCUCGGCCAUGGCCCGGGAGCGGCAGUGGCCACGCCAGGCUGACCUGUGGUGACCUGGUGCCACGAGGGACCCUGUCACUCCUCUAGAGCUGCUGCCAAAACGCCGGCACCGCGGCUGCAGGCGGCGCUGGCCUCCAGGACCGCCGCCCGCCCGAGGCCGCACCCGAGGGGCCGCGUUCAGCCCUGUAGGCUCAGUGUCACGCCACUCCUGCCGCCUCGUCUCCUGCCUGAGAAUGUAUCUCGUGGAAACCCACUGGACCGGUGUCUGCAGAGGCCUUGCCGACGGCUCAGUAACUCUAGCUCUAAACACUAUUCAUUACAGAAGCCAGUAGUUCAGUUGAAGUAACCACCAAUGACUUUUCAAAUCGGACGAACUGUUGUAGUUUAUAUGAAACCGUACGGUAGAGGUUUGUACUCAGCGCUUAUUUUUGCAUGUUGAGGUUGAUUAGCUAAUAAACUGUAAACGUAAGACUCGCCAGUAAA